AUGGCUGCUGCUGUGCUGCUCGCCACUACUGAGAGCGGCGGACGUCGCCGCCGCCGCCGCCGCGAGAUGCCCCUCCCUCCCUCCGCCGAGGCAGCAGCAAGCAACCCCCGGCGGCGCAGCCAUGCAGGUGGCCGGCGCCUUCCCGCCCGCCGCGCCCUCCGUCGGUGCGCGGCGAAAGCGCUCGCGGCACGUCUCGCGUUCCCGUGGCCGGCAGCACCGAACAGCUGUUCCGUCUCAAUGGAUCCGGACGCAGAAGCGACGUCGGUCAUGGAAGACAGCGAGUUCCUGCCCAGCUGCUGGGGCCAUCGGCUACGCGGACAGGCGCUGGUGGACCACUUCUUCAGGGAGACGGCGCGUUUGAGCGAGGAGACCAGAAGCCGCGUAGCUGCACAAAAGGACAUCAGGUUUGGCGAGCACCCUCGCGAAUGCCUGGACCUGUAUCACGGCGGCCGGUCGGCGGGCGAUUGCCGCUCGACGCUGCUCUUCUGGCACGGCGGCUACUGGGUCGCAGGGGACCGGCAGUCGCACGCCUUCGUCGCCGAUCCCUUCGUAGCGGCCGGGGUAGCCGUGGCCGUGGCCGGGUACCCGCUGGCGCCCGGCGCCACACUCGACCAGAUGGUCGACUCCGCUACGCGCUGCGCCCGACACGUGCUCGCGCUCAGGCCCGGACCGCUCGUGCUGGCCGGUCACUCUGCGGGCGCCCACCUGGCCGCCAUGGUCGCCACGCGGCUACACGGGGAACCCCGCUUACGAGGCCUUCUUCUCCUGUCGCCCGUCUUGGACGUGGUGGCGCUGCUUGGCAGCUCUGUGGCACGAGACGCGGCCAUCGGUACCGACCAGGCGGUGCGCAACAGCCCGCUGCAACUGGUCGACAAGCUGCCGACGCACCUGCACGUCGUGGUGACGUACGCCGAGCACGACCCCCCGUGGUUCGGGCGCACCGCUCGGGCCUACCGCGAGGCCCUCGGGCGUCGGCGCAUCUCCUGCGAGCUGCUGGAGUACGCGGACGAGGACCACUUCAGCUUCCUGCUGGGCGCGCUGCGAGACAGCGCGCACCGAGUCACCGCGAGGCUCGUCCGUGCUUCUUUGGCGGCGACCGCGCCCUCUCCGACGCUGCAGUGAGGCACCGAGGUCGGCCAUCGGGGGCAAGGACGAACCGGUCCCCGCCGCCAUCCUCGUCACGAACACUGAGCGACGGCGGCAGCGAAGAAGAAGCCCUCGCGGGGCCCGAUCGAGUUUAUCCGCCUCUGUUUAUUAUUGGGGAGGCCGGCGCGUACCAUAUACUUCCCGGCUGCUCGAGCGCCGCCGCGGUCUGUCUCGCUAAAUCCGUACAGCGUGCCGGAAGCUACAGGGGGGCCGUCCUAGCGGUCACCGGCGAACAGAAGGACAUAGCGCUAGCUCUGGGAGCGCGGACAUUGCGUAUUUGUCACUGCCCAGAGGGCGGACGCUCAUCGGAUUACCAUACGAGCCGGCCACGCAGUUCUUGCGGUAGCGUUUUCCUUUUCUUUUUUUCUUCAAGUUCAAGAUUUGUUGCUAAGGCAUAAAUCGAUCUUUAUUUAGACGUGCACUCUGUGUCGAGGCUGUCUCAGUGUGUUUGAAAAAAAAUAAUCACGCCGUACGCAAUAAGUCUUAAUGUCUUCGGGAAUAAAAGAAGCCUAUUAUACUCGGCA